AUGUACGAGACGAUCAGCAUAGAUAGAGGUCUCGAGGCCGAUGAAGCAGUUGGCUGUGAUUGGCCAAUUUCGACUACAGAUAAGGGACGGCGGGAGCUAGCGGGAAGUCAAGCACUCAUAGCUGUGUAUCGCCAGUACACCAACUCUCGAGGCGAAGUAGGCAAGUACGGCAAUGGGCUUGGGUCGAGAACAAAGCAAAAACUGAACAUGCAUCCAAAAGAGUUCAACUCUGCAUCGCAGAUGGUCAAGUAUUUCUAUGAUGAGAGGUUUUACGACAAGCCACUGAUAAGGCAGGGGAUGUUCCAAAUCCACUUUUUCCCGUCGGAAAGCUGUGGUUAUCUGUGCGCCCAGAGAUAA